UUUGGUUGAUCUAAAGUGAACACGGCUCAAGUCGAGGAGAGUUACAGGGGAAUCACAGGGGAAUCUCUGAAGUUUGGGCCUGGAGGACAGACCGCUGCCUCAACCCACCCCCAAAUCUCAGCAUGGGGGCGUCCUAUGGCAAGAAGAAGGCGUACAACAUUGAGCAGCAGAGUGUGAAAAACGGAAAACACCUGAAUGGAGUGGCUUCAGCAUAUGCCGAUAUCCAAUGGGAACAGCCUCAUCAACCGAAAAACCCAGAUCCAUUUGGUUACCCUCAUCGCGAAAUCCCCCCGUUGGCCAGUUACGCACCUCAGCCUGAUUACAUGACAGGAGACGAUGAUCUCAUCAAACCCAAAAAGCUGAUUAAUCCAGUGAAAGCCUCUAAAAGCCACCAGGAGCUUCAUCGGGAGUUGCUUUUGAACCAUAAAAGAGGUUCUGGUGUGGAGAAUAAAUCCGAACUGCAACGUGUGCUGGAGCAAAGGAAGAGAGAACAGAUGAUAAAGCAGAGAAAGCAGGAGGAGGAGGCCAGGAGGAAGAUCUCUCCACUGGAACAGGAGCUUCUCAAGAGACAGCAGAAACUAGAGGAGUUGGAGAAGGAGCAAGAAAAGCUUGAGGAAGACAACUGUAAUGCACCGGAGUUUAUUAAAGUAAAGGAGAACCUGAGACGGACGUCGUUUACAAGUUCUGGAGAGAAGGAGGUGUAAACGCAGACUGGAUACAUACGUGUGUGUGUUUGUGCACAGCCAGUAACAUAGAGACCUGCUGCAGCUCCUAAACAACAUCAAUACGACUGCGCUUCUCGGUUUCCAGUCUCACACCAAACAUAUCUUCACCUGCGGCGGGUUCAGAGAGGCCUGAGAUGAGGACGAAAAAGCCCAAAAGAGCCUCUGCAACAUCAGAAUGUGAAGCUCGAAGGGGUUAUUGGGAGACUGUAUUGUUCUGGGAUGGACCGGAUGGAUUAAAGAUGAACUGUCCAGGGAUGCGUUUCCCAAACAAUGACGUAACUCGCGGCUGAACUACUAUAAUGCGAUGCUUCGUUUUGGGAAAUGAACAAUGUAGUGAUGAGUGUUUCCCAAAACCGUAGUUUCUCUGUUGCAGAUUCAUCGUUUGAACCACGUUAGUUAUACCAUAAAAUGUUCGUAAUGAUGCUCUCAAUGGGUCGGAGUAACAACUUUUUUAACAACAUUUUUUAUUAAAUCCAAUAGUAGUUUUAGUGCUGGGCAAAGAUUAAUCGCAUCCAAAAUAAAAGUUUGUUUUGACAUAAUAUAUGCGUGUGUACUGUGUGUAUUUAAGUAAAUAGAAAAUAGAUCGAAAAUAUACAUGUAUAUGAUACAGAUUAUAUAUACACAUGUAGAUAUCUUCGUAACAAAAUAGCUUUGAAUAGUUUUGCUUUUAUGUUUGUGUGUAUCACAUAUACAUAUAUUACGUCAAAACAAACUUUUAUUUUGGACGCGAUUAAUCGUUAUUUGUCUUUGCCCAGCACUAAUUAGUUUUACUAAAGACAUACAUUUGUUUUCCAUAUUAAUGUAAACAACACAUAUACGGCUUAUUUUUAUUUUACAAAUAUUAUAGACAAUAUUAGCAUGUAGGCUAAUCUCAUAUAGCCUAUAAAUCAGAUAUAACAGGCUGAUCUCACGAGGAAACGUAACCAUUUUACGUUUUGUCAUUUUGGUGGCUAAUUCGUACAAGUUAAUAUGAGAUUCAUUCGAGUUUAUACGAGAUUCGUACGAGUUAACACGAGAUUCGUUCGAGUUCAUACGAGAUUCGAACGAGUUAAUACGAGAUUCGUUCGAGUUCAUACGAGAUUCGAACAAGUUCGUACGAGUUCAUACCAGUUCACACUAGUGAUAAGUAAAUGUAGGAUUUUUAAAAAGGAGGUGUGGCAACCAACCCCGCCCCUAAACCCAACCGUCAUUGGGGAAUGAGCAAGUCGUACUGAAUUUUAAGUAUGUGAUCAUACGAAUUCAUACGAAUUAGACACUAAAUCAAAAAGUUACAUAUUGCCGUGAGAUAGUGAUAUAAAUGAUAUAAAAACUACGUUUAGCCUAUUCAUUUGUUGCCGUAGUUACAUUUAGGUUUAGAAAUACUAUAUUUUUUAUUUUCAAAAGCUUUGGAGAUGUAUCCGAUUUUUCGGUUGUAAAUCAUGAGCCAUGGCUGCGUUCAAAAUGGCAUAAAUGAUUUCGAAGUGCACUACGAAGGGAGCACAAUUGUCAAUCUCAAGUUCGUUAAAACUGAAAUGUAAAACAAUAAAUUUGAAAGCAAAUUACACUUGAGAGAGAUCAUUUAAAGUGUUUUUGUUAUUCAAAGUCAGCCUGAUCUCACAAGGAAACGUAACUAUUUUACGUUUUGUCAGUUUAGUUUUCAUACGAAUUCUUACGAGUUCAGUAAUACGAAAAAUGCACGAUUUUCUAAAAGGAGACGUGGCAGCAAACCCCACCCCUAAACCCAACAGUCAUUGGGGGAUGAGCAAAUUGUACUGAAUUAUAUAAAUGAGAUCAUACAAAUUCAUACAAAUUAGCUACUAAAUCAAAAAGUUACGAAUUGCCGUGAGAUAGCCUUGGCAUAUAUACGGUCAAAUAAUAAUGUAAAUACUACGUUUAGCCUAUUCAUUUGUUGCCGUAGUUAUAUUUAGGUUUAUAAAUACUGCAUUUUUUGAUUUUCAGAAGCUUUGGAGAUGUAAAAGAUUUUCAGUGAGCCAUGGCUGCGUUCAGAAUGGCAUAAAUGAUUUCGAAGUGCACUAAGAAGGGAGAACAAUUGUCAAUCUCAAGUUCGCUAAAUCUGAACUGUAAAAAAAAUUACUUGGAAAGCAAAUUACACGUGAGAGAGAUAACUUUACGUUUUUUUGUCAUUCAAAGUCAGCCUAAUCUGACGAGGAAACUUUUUCACGUUUUGUCAGUUUAGUGGCUAAUCAUAGGAAUUCGUACGAGUUCAGUCAUGUACGAUUGUACGAUUCAGUCCUAAACCCAACCAUCAUUGGGGGACGAACAAAUUGUACUGAAUUGUACGAUUGAGAUCAUACGAAUUCAUUCAAUUUAGCCACUAAAUUAAAAAAGUUACGAAUUGCCGUGAGAAAGCGUUAGGAUAUACGGUCAAAUAAUGAUGUAAAUACUACAUUUAGCCUAUUUUAUCAGAUUUUCAUUUGUAAAUCAUGAGCCAUGGCUACGUCAAAAAUGGCAUAAAUGAUUUUGAAGUGCACUACGAAGAGUUAAUCUCAAGUUCGCUAAAACUGAAAUGUAAAACAAUAACUUUAAAAGCAAAUUAGGCUACACAUGAGAGAGAUAUCUCAAAGUUUUUUUGUCAUUAAAAGUGGAUGUUGGAACGUUGGAAAGUAAUAGGGAAUAGGGGUGAUGACUCGGAUUAGAACACAACCAGGAACCAGCGGUGGUUGAAGAGUAGUUACAACCACACAAGUUUGCGACGCACUUUGUGAAUGUUUGUUGGAACACUGGAUAUGGGAAACGACAAAAUAUAAUUUUGAGAUGAUUUCGAUAUUUUGAUGACAAUAAAACUAUAAUUAGGACAACGGAACUUGCAACCUUAGUUGGAUAACAAUGGGAAACGCAUCCCAGGCUGCUUAUUAUUAGUGUGUGUGUGUGUGCACAUGGAUGUACCGAACUAUUUUACGUUUUGUCAGUUUAGUGGCUUAUUUGUACGAAUUCGUUUGAGUUCAGUCGUAUGAAAAUAUGAUUUUAAAAAGGAGGCGUGGCACCAACCCGCACCCCUAAAUCAAACCGUCAUAGGUGGAUGAGCAGAUACUACUAAUUUGUUCGAAUGAGAUUAGCCACUAAAUUGAAAAGUUACGAAUUGCUUUGAGGUAGCGUUGAAUGAACAGAUAUGUUCUGCUUCUGUUACAUUGGACGAAACGAUGUAAACAAGGAGUAGAUACGCAGUUUUUUGCUCUCUAACCGGAAAGCAGAACAUUUUUAAGGCGACAAUUAGACAAACACAUCAGUAUUGUAGACGAGUUAGUGAUUAUCGAAUAACCAAGCCGCCAAAUAUUUGUCCAUUGCCUAAUUUUAAUCAUCUCUUAUACUUAACAAUCAGCACUUGUCACUUUUAAAUGAAAAUAUGACACCUAAUAAUUAUUUUCAGCCUUCGUCGCCAUUGAUUUGUAGCAGAAUUUUGUGAUUUUUCAAGCAAAACUAUUACAGAUUUGACUAAUUUAACACACUGAUGGCUAAAAUGAGGACGCAGCGUUAUGCUGUGGUCACACUAGAGUUUGAGCAUGCAAAACGUUGUCGAAUGGCGCUGUAUAAUGGGAUGGGAUUAUACAAGAUGAUUAAACAUUAAAAAAGUGAGCGAUUGGUUCAUAUUUGACAUUUUUGUCCAGUGAAGUCAUGUUUUGAACUUCGAUUGGUCUUACGCAAUCGCCUGGUGUGAUUUCGCAGGUCAGAGUUCACCAAGCUUGAACUUUCGAACGCAUGCGAAACUUUUUGCACAAGCUUGCGUUUGGGGUCUGUUGUAUUCGAAUGCGUCCAAAUGGAAGUCUAUGGGGAGCAAAGUCCAGUGUGACCGCGGCUUUAGCUACAUGAAGCUAACGAUGUGAUUUGAGAUGUCGGAGAUGUAAAGCAGUGUAAACAUAAGGAAGUUGUGUGGUUUGUGCUUAAUUCAGUGCCUUUGUUUAAGCAAUGCAACAAGAAGGGCUGCCUGACUGUUAUUGUAUGUUCAUAGUUUUUCUUUGUGAAAUGUUCCCUAAUGUGGCUGUGAAUCAGAUGUUGUUGAUUUUUUGCUACUGAUUUGCUGCUUGUAUUUCUGAUAUUUUUAUUAACAAAUGAAAAAAGCACUAAGGGUAUUUCAGAAGUCAUUUGAAAACUGAAAAAUGUGUUAAAAGUGCUCUUUUCACUCUUAUUUAUACUUAACAGAAAAAAACACAUGUUAAAUUAGAAACUCCAUGAUCAUAUACAGUUGAAGGCAAAAUUAUGAUCCAUUUUUUUAAAUAUUUAAAAAGAAAAUGCCUGUGCCUAAGUGAUGUUUAACAGUGCAAGGAGAAAAAAAAAUCACAGCAUUUACUAGCCUAUAUGUUUUUUCUUCUAGAGAAAAUCUUAUUUCCUUAAGUUUGGCUUGAAUAAAUUUUAAUAAUAUAUAUUUUAAGGAAUAUUAAUCGCCACCUUAAGAAUUGCUUGUUGCCACCCGGGCUCAUUAUUGAUAUGUACCCUUAUAUACAUUUAUGGAGAGCACCAAAUAUGUCCCAGGAGCUACGUUUUUUUGCAGUUUUUCACCAGAGGCCACUGUGUAUGCUUUUUGAGAUUUUUGAAUUUCUCUCGCGAGUGCUAUUCGUUCCUGCUGUUCGCACGUCAAUCCACCAGAGGCCGCUGUUGACUGACCGAUCGACUGACCUACCCUCCUCCUUCCCUAAUCCCAACUGAUAGUGUUUUCAAAAGCAAUCCAGAAAAACAAAAGCCCUCACGGCUGGCUGCUUUUUACCAUGUUUUCAGAUUUUACCACAUUCUCACCCUGUUAUUUACCUCUUUGUUUUAUUUUUUGCCUUUUGUUUUUGUCUUACCUGCUUUCUGGAACAAUUCUUUGACAGACUCGAAGCCUGUCGUUGCAGUCAACUCCUCUCUGCUUCUCAAGUCUGCUGACAUGCACUGCGAGCACACUGGGCAAACUGGUAACAGCGGAAAAGCCUUCCACACGGAGGUUAGCGGUCAGCUGGUAAGCGCAAAAGAAACAGAAUCCGCUGCCGAUGUCAUACCGCCCUGUAGUGCUCGUUUUUGAAGACAAAAUACAGCCAUAUGUACCUCUGGCUACAUAAUUUGCACUCUCCAGAAAUUUACGUUUUCACAAUGAGUCGGUGUUGUCCAAUGCUUAAUGAACCUAACUUGUCUAUUUAACCUAAUUAACCCAGUUAAGCCUUUGUUAACGCACUUUAAGCUGAAUACUAGUAUCUUAAAUAACUAGUAAAAUAUUAUAUACUGUCAUUUUGGCAACGAUAACAGAAAUCAGUUAUUAGGAAUUAUUGUCGGUGCCAAUAGCCUAGUGGUUAAGUGCACCAAUAUAUAGCACCAUGCUGCUCGCGGCGACCUGAGUUCGAUUCAUGGCUCAAGGUCCUUUGCUGACCCUUCCCCUCUCUCUGCUCCCAAUACUUUCCUGUCUGCAACUUCUACUGUCCUUUCCAAAUAAAGGUAAAAAAAAGAAAUAUGUUGUUCAAACUAUUAUGUUUUGAAAAAAAAAACCCUGUUAAACAUCACUAGGGCCAGACAGAAUCUGCGGCCAUUUUUUUGCUAUUUCUGCAGAGAAUUUUGUAAAAAAUCUGUAGAUUUAUGCGGAAUGAUUUUGGGAGAAUCAUAACUAAAAACUUAAUAAAUGAAAUAAAAAUAAAAAAAAUUAUACAUUUUAAACUUUUAAUUAAUGUUAACAAUGCAAAUCCAAUUAGAUCCACUUUAUUUAGUAAACCAAACCAGUCUCUUAUAUAAUAUCUCUACUAAAAGACAGAAAAUAUUACUUCACAAACUGUUUUGUAAAUAAAUGAUGUGAAUAUUUUAAUAUUAGUCAAUAAUAUUACUGAAAUUAAUUUAAAAACUGAAUAAAUAUAAAUGUACACACAUUUACUCAAGCAAAUAAACAGAAUCAAUGAUGGGCUGGAAAUCUGCGCGCGCAGUUUCCGUGUGGGCCUAAACAUCACUUCAAUUUCACAGUAGGGCUAAUCAUUUUGUCUUCAACUGUAUAUAUUUCACAUGAAAAUGUUCCAAAACCACCAAAGGUUCCACACGUGUAGCUUGAGGUUUUUUUUUUUUUUUUUUUUCUGUGGUUAAUUUUAUUUCAAUAAGUCAUAUUUUAAAAUUUUUUUCUACUGUUUUUGGAUUGUUUGGUAUUUUAAAGCACAUAGUAAAAUUGAGACCAUGUACAAUUCCUGUCUUUUCUGGCUACUAAAACAGUUGGAUAAUACAACAAUCAAGUUACUUCAGUAAUUCAAAACUCAAAAUGAUAUGAAAGUAUAUGAAAGCAUAGGCUAUACUUAUAUUUUUGUAGCUUUAGCCGUGACAUUUUGAUUGUAACGAACAGUGAACUUACACAAUAAAAACUACACAAGCUGCAAAUAAA